GGUCGGCCUCUUCCAUCCUCACCCUCUCCCCCACCCUGUUGUCUGAUCCUGGGUAUAUAUUCCGGAUUGUUGCCCGGCUCCCUCCUUCCCGCCUCUGCUCCCUCUUUGCUUUCGCAUUCAUCGUGACCGAAGCUCGAACUCGACGGUGGCAGCCUGUGAUCGACUCCCCUCAUCGUAGCGUCUUGGCUUUUUACCCUUCUAGAUACCCAGCCAGCCACGAGUCACGAUGUCGAACCUUCCUUCUGAGCCUGAGUUCGAGCAGGCGUACAAGGAGCUCGCCUACACGCUUGAGAACAGCUCGCUCUUCCAGAAGUUCCCCCAAUACCGGACCGCCCUCAAGGUCGCCUCGAUCCCUGAGCGCGUCAUUCAGUUCCGUGUCGUCUGGGAAGACGAUGCCGGCAAUCUGCAGGUCAACCGCGGCUACCGGGUGCAGUUCAACUCGGCCCUUGGCCCGUACAAGGGCGGCCUGAGACUGCACCCCUCGGUCAACCUUUCGAUUCUCAAGUUCCUCGGUUUCGAGCAGAUCUUCAAGAAUGCUCUCACUGGCCUGAUGAUGGGCGGCGGCAAGGGCGGAGCCGACUUCGACCCCAAGGGCAAGAGUGACGCCGAGAUCCGGCGGUUCUGCGAAGCCUUCAUGCGCGAGCUCUCCCGGCACAUCGGCGCCGACACGGACGUGCCGGCCGGCGACAUCGGCGUGGGCGGCCGCGAGAUCGGCUAUCUGUUCGGCGCCUACCGCCGCGAGCGCAACAAGUUCGAGGGCGUCCUGACCGGCAAGGGCCUCGCCUGGGGCGGCAGCCUCAUCCGCCCCGAGGCGACCGGGUACGGCCUCGUCUACUACGUCACGCACAUGCUCGAGCACGCCGGCGCCGGCGGCUGGCAGGGCAAGCGCGUGGCCAUCUCGGGCUCGGGCAACGUCGCGCAGUACGCCGCGCUCAAGUGCAUCGAGCUCGGCGCCACCGUCGUGUCGCUCUCCGACUCGAAGGGCUCGCUCGUCGCCGUCGACGGCGGCCGCGUCACGGUCGAGGACGUCGAGGCCAUCAUGGCCCUCAAGGCGAAGCGCCAGGCGCUGGCCGACUACGCGCCGCCCCAGGGCAGCAGCAGCCUCAAGUACGUCGCGGGCGUCCGGCCGUGGCUGCACGUCGGCGCCGUCGACGUGGCGCUGCCGUGCGCGACGCAGAACGAGGUCAGCGGGGAGGAGGCGCUGGCGCUGGUCGCGGGCGGCUGCAGGUUCGUCGCCGAGGGCUCCAACAUGGGCUGCACGCUCGAGGCCAUCGAGGUGUUUGAGCGCGAGCGGCGCGAGAAGAAGGCCGGCGGCGGCGCGACCUGGUACGCGCCGGGCAAGGCGGCCAACUGCGGCGGCGUGGCCGUCUCGGGCCUCGAGAUGGCGCAGAACAGCCAGCGCCUCGCGUGGACCCGCGAGGAGGUCGACCAGAAGCUCAAGGACAUCAUGAAGAACGCCUUCUACCUCGGCCUCGACACCGCAAGGGAGUACGUCCCGGCGGCCGAGGGCGAGCUGCCCAGCCUGGUCGCCGGCAGCAACAUCGCCGGCUUCGUCAAGGUCGCCCGCGCCAUGGAGGACCAAGGCGACUGGUGGUGAGUCGCACC